AUGCAAGAUUUGAAUCGAAGAUUCGUAAGGUUGUGGGAGGUAGGGUGUCAAGGAAACGAGAUGUGUGCUGGGAUUGGUGGGAGUGGGUUUCGCUGGCAGGCUGUGACAGGAAAUGAUGGAUGCGCAUUGGUUGAGUUGGAGUUUCAAGUGUUUGCCAUGGCCGCCUACUGCAUGUCCAACGUCGUUUCUGGCCUUGCUUCCAAGGCUUCCUUCCUCCCUGGAUCCUGCUACAUCAACCACAAUCCGAAGGUCCAAUUUUCAAAUCCAGCCACGUUUCCUACCCAGCGAGUUAGAAAAACAACCGUCUGGGCCAGCAAUGAGGCGGGAAUCUCAGAUGAACUCACUGUCACAUUUCCGAAGUCGAAGCUGGUGGUUCCUUACCCUGACCAUGAGCCGAAGGUGUACAUAAGCCGCGAAGAAUCCGCAUCCGAGGUGGCAUCCGCUGUGGCGGAGUACAUUCAGCGGCUUUCGGCUGAGGCGACGAAGACCAGAGGUGCUUUUACCAUCGCGCUAUCUGGGGGCUCGCUGGUCAAUGCUUUACUGAAGCUGACAGAAGAACCCUUCAGAUCGUCAAUAGAUUGGAAGAAUUGGCACGUCCUGUGGGUGGAUGAGCGUGCGGUGAAGCUUUCGAGCCCUGACAGUAACUACAAGCUCGCGAUGGACAAGGUGCUUUUGAAGGUUCCGAUUCCCGAGGAGCACAUUUACGCUAUUGACGAUGAGUUGUCAGUUGUGGAAGCUGCAAGCGACUACGAGGAACUCAUGAAGGAGCUUGUGGAGGAGGGCGUCCUCAGAACAACACAGGGUGUGCCUUUUCCUCGAAUCGACCUGAUUCUUCUCGGAUUUGGUCCUGAUGGCCACGUGGCUUCACUCUUCCCCAACAGCCCGCUUCUGCGUGAAACGUCAAGAUGGGUGCUUCCUGUCACAAAUUCGCCAAAACCACCUCCAGAACGGAUCACCAUGACACUCCCUGUCAUCAACUGUGCUUCAAAUGUUGCAUUCGUUGCGACAGGAAAGGGGAAAGCUGAGGUGGUGCAGAGAAUCUUUGGGAGGCUUGCUUUACCGGGUGCACUGCCUGCUCAGCUAGUUCGUCCUUACAGUGGACCAGUCACCUGGUUUGUAGAUUCAGCUGCAGCUUCUGAAUUGCCUGCAUAG